UUUAAUUUAAUUUGUUUUAAUUCCACCAAAGUCAUGGGAUAUGAGCACAGAUUAUGAACGACUUGCUUUGAGGUGAUAAUCUUCAUCACCAAAGUCCGUGACUUGACCUGGGCUAUAGCCAAUAUUUAUGAUUUACUAUAAGAAGCUUCUACUUUCAACUAAAAGUAUAGCCUUCAAGACGCCAGAAAAGAGAGAGAGAGAGAGAGAGAGAGAGAUCGAUCCGCGGAUAUGGAGGUGAAAAAGAUGACUAGUAAUACUAAUACCAGUUCAGAGAACAAUAAGCAGGUUGAUCAAGAAGAAGUUAUGCUUCCAGGGUUUCGCUUCCAUCCCACUGAUGAAGAACUUGUAGGAUUUUAUCUUCGACGAAAAGUGGAAAAGAAAGCUAUCAGUAUUGAACUCAUCAAACAGAUUGAUAUCUACAAAUACGAUCCCUGGGAUCUUCCAAUUAGCACUGUGGGAGACAAAGAAUGGUACUUCUUUUGCAUAAGAGGGAGAAAAUACAGGAACAGCAUAAGGCCAAACAGAGUUACUGGAUCUGGAUUUUGGAAAGCCACCGGCAUCGACAAGCCGAUAUAUUCAGUAAAAGAAGCUGACCACCAUGAAUGCAUUGGUUUGAAGAAGUCUUUGGUGUACUACAGAGGGAGUGCUGGUAAAGGCACCAAAACUGACUGGAUGAUGCAUGAGUUUCGUCUUCCACCAAAUGGCUUACCCACCACCUUUCCAAACCUUAAAGAAACUACCACUUCUCAACAAUUAGAAGCUGAAGUGUGGACAAUAUGCAGAAUUUUCAAAAGAAUCCCAUCUUACAAAAAAUACAUACCAGAUUGGAGAGAAUCCACAACCAGAACGAUUAGUCCUACAAAUUCAAGUUCUAAAACAUGCAGCUUGGAAUCCGACUACAGCGAGGCGCCACGGCGGAGCUUCAAAGAGUCGACGGUGGUGCAACAUAUCGAAAGAAAACCGGCUGCCACCACAGAACAUGUUGGUGGUGAACCGAACCGGUGGUUUGUAGGGCAGUUUAACCCUGUAGUUCAAGCUCCAUUUACAGCUUCUUAUCAUCCUACAAGUUUAUGGAAUAAUCCUAAUGGAGGAGAUGAUUUCUUUAUAAAUGGAAACUGGGAUGAGCUCACACCUAUGGUGCAGCUGGCCGUUGAUCCAUCCCAACUUCAUGACUGUAGAUAAGUAGAUCUAUAUAUAUAUAUAUAUAUACAUAUAAAUAUAUGCAUGCAUGCAGUUUGAAACUUGGCUUAAUUACUUCUUUUUGAUUGCUUAAUAACUUUCAUUUUCUUUAUUACUUAAUUUAGUAAAAGUAAGAAGUAAUAAUUUGGUAGAUAGUAAAAAUCCAUUUGGUAUGUAUAACUGAACAGAAUUGUACCAGUCUAUUUUAAAUAUCAUCUAUUUAAAUUGGACUAACUCUGAUUCAAAUUAGUUCAGUUAUGCUUAUCGAAUGGGUUUAACAUUUUUUUUUUUUUUUAAUUAUUAGGUAGACACUGCAGUUUUUCUUUUUUGGUAGAAGACACUAUAGUGAGACUAAUAAAUAUACUGUUUGUAUUGAACACUUUGUACAUUGGUUGCUAAUAUUAAACAGUUCUAUGGUUAUCUUUGACAAUUUUUGACAUAUGCAUGGGAUCAUUUACAAUUAUAAUUAGUGAUAAAUGAUUGAUU